AAGUGCCGGCUGGGGGAGCCUGGGAGUCAAUCGCCCCGGAGGAAAGCGUGUCGCUUCUGCUCAGGCGACGGAGGCACGCCCCAGCUCGGGGCUAGAGUCCGGGGAGCCUAGUCCGAAGUCCCAGGGCGAAAGGGCUCCGGGGCGCGCGGCGCCGGUGUUGCGCGCUCGAGGCGCCCUGGCCCGGGGGAUGCCCCUGUGCGGGCUCGGCGACUAGCUCGGCCGCUUGGUGCAUGGCCCAGCUAUGGAGGUGGUGGAUGAGACCGAAGCUCUGCAGCGCUUCUUCGAAGGUCAUGAUAUUAAUGGAGCACUUGAACCAUCAAACAUUGACACCAGCAUCCUGGAAGAAUACAUUGGUAAAGAGGACUCACAAGAUAUUUCUGAUUUAGAUUCCAUCUCUGACAUCCCAGCAUCAGCCGGUUAUCCUCAUACUCAGCCUGCUGGCUCUGCCACUAUCAAUGCAUCUGUCUCCAGUGUUGGUCAUGUAAUCACUCCUGUACCCAGUGGUAGCUUCCAUCAUGGUCCCCCAAGCACGCAGGUCCCAGUCCGUCAUGGUCUCCAUCCUGGUCCUUCAAGCAGUCAAGUUCCCCUACGGCACGCUCCCCCCUUGCCAAAUCCAUGUGGGUCCAGUUACAGUGCUCAUCUCAACUGCAACAACAACAAUGGCAUGGUAGUACCCAAAGGGUUUCUCAGUGGCCACUGCCUGUCCAACAUUGCCCCUCCAAUCAAAUCAGAAGCCUCCUACACAUCUGGCACUUUACCCGACUCUCCCCCAGAUUCCGGAUCCGAAGCUUACUCCCCCCAGCAGGUGAAUGAUCCUCACCUUCUUCGAACUAUGACUCCUGAGAAUAUGUGUCAAAUUACUCCCCCUUCACGGUUAGAGCAUCCCCCACCCCCACCCCCUCCACCCCCACCCCACCUUCAGGGACUGCCACCACCACCUCCUCAUUCACACCAGCAGCAGCACAGCCAUCACUAUCCCAACAUGCAACGGGACAUGUACGCGAAGGCUGAACCUCUGAUGCCACAGUUCACUAUAGGGCAAGGCAUGUCACCUGGUGACCUCCAUCAUGCUCAGCAGUCGCAGAUGCUUCACCAGCUACUUCAACAACAUGGAACAGAACUUCCAGUGCACCCUGCCAAGAAGAGGAAACACUCAGAGUCACCAUCAAACACUCUCAAUGUGCAGAUGUUCAAUGGAAUGAUAAAACAGGAGCCAGGUACAGGAUCUGUGCCCCUCAACUCUGACAGAGUUCAAACACCUCCCUGGCAUCAGCAGGGGGCGCUCUCCCCAGGACUGAUUCAGGAUAAUGACAGCUUGAAUAGCUCCUCCUAUUUGGAUCCCAACUACCAAUCCAUAAAAUGGCAGCCACAUCAGCAGAACAAGUGGUCGACCCUGUAUGAUGCUAAUUACAAAGAGUUACCUAUGCCCACAUAUCGAGUAGAUGCAGAUAAAGGCUUCAAUUUCUCUGUGGGAGAUGAUGCUUUCGUAUGCCAGAAAAAGAACCACUUCCAAGUCACCGUGUACAUUGGUAUGAUUGGAGACCCAAAAUAUGUCAAGACUCCUGAGGGUCUGAAGCCACUUGAAUGCUUCUAUCUGAAACUGCAUGGGGUGAAGUUGGAAGCAUUAAACCAGUCAAUCAAUAUAGAACAGUCUCAGUCGGACCGCAGCAAAAGACCUUUUAAUCCUGUCAUGGUCAAUUUGCCUCCAGAGCAAGUCACAAAGGUCACGGUGGGCCGGCUGCAUUUCAGUGAGACCACGGCCAAUAACAUGAGGAAGAAGGGGAAGCCUAAUCCUGAUCAGAGAUACUUCAUGCUGGUUGUGGCUUUGCAAGCUCACUCUCAGAACCAGAACUACACUCUGGCUGCUCAUAUCUCAGAGCGCAUCAUUGUUAGACAAAGGGCCGGUUCGGGGGUAAAACACAAACAGAGGGCAGACGGGGACCCUGGAGUCUGCAGACAAGCUUCUAACCCAGGUCAAUUUGAGAGUGACAGUGAUGUACUUUGGCAACGCUCUCAACUCCCUGACACUGUCUUUCACCAUGGUCGAGUUGGCAUCAACACAGAUCGACCUGAUGAAGCCUUGGUUGUCCAUGGCAAUGUAAAAGUUAUGGGAUCCCUUAUGCACCCAUCAGACAUCCGAGUAAAAGAUGACAUCCAAGAGGUCGACACCACAGAACAACUGAAGAGAAUCUCCCGUAUGCGGCUGGUGAACUAUAAUUACAAGCCAGAGUUUGCUGCCACUGCUGGUUUGGAGAAUACAACUGAGACAGGUGUUAUUGCUCAAGAAGUAAAGGAAAUUCUUCCAGAAGCAGUAAAGGAUUCUGGGGAAAUAGUCUUUACCAGUGGGAAAACUAUUGAGAAUUUCCUUGUGGUCAAUAAGGAGCGUAUUUUUAUGGAAAAUGUUGGGGCUGUGAAGGAGCUCUGCAAACUGACUGACAACCUGGAGAACCGGAUUGACGAACUAGAGAGGUGGAGUCAUAAACUGGCCAAGCUCAAAAGACUGGACAGUAUGAAGUCAACUGGAAGCUCUGGAGCAUUCAGCCAAGCUGGGAGUCAGUUCAGCCGUGCAGAAAGCAUGCCGCAUAAAAAGAGGCCCCCCAAAGUGGCAGGCAAGACUCCCUCACAAGGAGUCAAAGACCAAGCUUGCAUCAGCCAACGUUUUCUGCAAGGUACCAUUAUUGCUCUGGUGAUCAUCAUGGCAUUCAGUGUGGUGUCCAUGUCUACACUCUAUGUGCUAAGCUACCGCAGUGAGGAGGACCUUGUGGAUAUUGAAGGCUCUUUUGCUGUGCCUACUACUUGCCUUCUGGCUCUUUUUCAGCAUAGAGGUCCUGGCGUCCCAGUUGCUCUCUGUCCAUGGUCCAGUCAGAACAUAGAUAAAAAUAAGAUGACAUUUUCCACUAUUGCAUCAUCAAAUACCCCUGACAAUGCUUCCCCUUCAGAGCAUGCCACAACCCACGCACCUGACUUGUCCCCUGCCUUGCCUGCCUAUAACAUAGUCGUCUGUAUCAACCCACCUUGUUUUUCUACUUGUUGCUCUUCUGUUCCCAACAACAUAUCUAUUCCUGGGCCUUCUGGGACCACUACAGUUGCCACCAACCGGAUAGGCCAAAACUUUGUGUCACUCCUACCAGUGACAAACAUCAAAGCCAAAUCAAGGGGGAUCACCGGCAAGACAACUUCCCACACGAAGUGGCCAAAGACUGCUGACCGAUCCCGGGGCUUUGGGGGUCCUAAUUCCAGCCCCUCCUCCCUCUUUACCAACAUCCAGAGCAAGUCCAAAUAUAUUGCCAACCUCCCCCUCACAUACAACAGCUUUCCUUCCGAUCAGAUAUCACGACGGCAGCAACGGAGCAUCAGCCAACCAGAUGCUAAGGAGCCUGGCAUUGCAAGCACCAAGCAUACUGAAAUGACUCCUGUGCUCCAGUCUGUGUCCCUGUUGGAGGCAAAUGUGGUCAUCUUACCCCAGGUCUGUGCUGCAGGGGAUGAUUGCAGGACUGGAAAUAUCACUUAUCGCAUUCCCAUCAGCAAAUUUACAUCAGUGAACACAAAUCUUACUUUGGAAAUGAAUGCUUCCUCAGCUGUAUCUGGCUAUCUUUGUAAUCUCACAUCUAAUAGCCCAUGUCUGCACACUGACAGUGACCUAGACAGCUUGUCUAAUGCAACAGAUAUUCAGGGAGCAACAUACCGUUGGACUGUGGUUAUGAUGCCAUUCCAGGAAUUUACUUACCAUUUCCGAUUAGCUAGGCCUGGCCAAGCUAACUGCAGUACCCCUGUGGAGCAGAUGGGCUCUCUGUUUAAUGACUACUAUUUCCAGUUUUAUUGGCUCUGUGAGUGAGUCUCAGGAAUACCUGCAGCCUUUUGACAGAAGCAGAAAAACGAUGGGCUCCAAGACUCUUUUGACCGAAUACUCUCUUCAAAGAACACCAUGCCCUGACUAGUUGCUUCUAAUCAAUAAGCUCUUCCUUUGGGUCUGAGUUACUUUGGUUUCCUUCCUAGCAGAGGGAUGUUAAUCUUAGAAUGUCAUACUUUGGGAAGGAAUACUGCCACAAGCAAAACAAGGAAAUACAGGGGCAUUUUGUUUUCUUGAUUUGCUGUAGGAUGGUAGAAUUCCUCUGGCUUGUGAGUACACUGGAUUUUAAAAUUUUAGGCUUGACCAUGCUUGUGUUCAGUCUACUUGGACAUCUCUGAACUGAAAGAUAUGGCUUGACUGGAAAUAAAACUUGGUGCCCAGAAAGUCAGUGAAACAGCUUUCUAAGGCAAAUUUCUUACCAAUGAUGUGUGAAGUCCUAUUCUAAAAUGGAAACACUGGAUCUGUCUGAGAAGGAAUUUUAUCUAGAUGUGUUGCAAGUCAUACACUGGAAUUUUCAACUUUCUAGCUGGCAGUCAGAUGCUUCUCUUUAAAGCUAUGCUUGACAGAAAUCCUGGUGACACUGGAAUUCAGGGCUGAUAGGUUGUUUUCAAUAGCAAUAACCAAUGGAAAAGCUAUGGGGUUUACCUCUCACUUCUUCCUGCAUCUAUCUUACUAUAAAUGUGUAUUCGGCAGACAACAAACCUCAUGGACCCUGCAAAAGGCACUCUCAGGCAGGCCACAUUUGCACCCAAAGUGCCUUCUUUUCAGGACUGGAUGAAGAUGCUUCUCAAGAAGAUAGCUCUCUUCUUCAAAUAUACUUGAGAAAAUAGCCUCUGGGCUCUAUAACUGGACUCCACAAUGCUGGUAUCAUAAUAGCAUUGACUGAACCCUUUUAAAUUCCAUUUUCUGCCGCUGCCAAAAAUACAUUCGUCCCAAAGAGAAUAUGGAAAAACUUGUAGUAUUAACCCUUGUGCCAGAAACCAGGAAAAGGAGGCCACCAGAAGGAACAUACCCAGUGCUAAAAAUAUCUACACUGAAUAUUUUUUAAUCUCUAAGGGGUCAACAAGAGUUUCUGUGAGAUAACAAACAAAACACUUUUCUUCAUUCUAGGCUUUGAAUAUCCUUCAUAUUUCAGGUAAUUUACUGUUACAAGAUUUUAAUUUGCUAAACCACUUGGGGUUUUUUUUCACCAAAAAGAGAAAAGAAGCAGCAGCCAACGUUCAAGUCAGUUAUUGAUUGGCUUGUGUCUCAUAGGAAACCAAAGUUGAGUCCACACUGAGUGCCAACCUGAGCCAACAUUUUGGAUUAGUUGCUGGAAUAAGUCAGAUGUACAAGCACAAUAUCAAGGUAUCAGCCUUCUGCCCUCAGUUCAAAGACAAAUGAGUUAGGUUGGUUCAGGCCCUGGCUUUUUAUUUCUAAUAUAGUUAAAUAAGUUUUAUGUAGGAGCAACAACAGUUGCAUAGAGAACAAAGAGAUGGUCUGAUGGGGAAAGUAAGAAGCUGCUGGCUCAGCUAUCUCAACUAGAACGAAAAUAUGGUAUAGUGAAUAUAUGAAAAGAAGCGUCCCUCCCUUUGGCAUAUUCCAGCCACCCAACACUGCAGGCUUUUAAAUUGGUUUACUGUAGUUAAAAAUUACUAAAAUAGCCCUUGGCUAUUGGUAUUUUUUUAAAGCAUUGGUGUAUUUGUGAAAACACACAGUAGUGUUGCCUGCAUUCCUUGCUGGAACUGCCACAUUAUUAAUUUAUCUAUUACCAGGUAGGCAUGCUUUUAGGCUAUUACCAGUGUUGCAUAUUUGACACUGCAUUGUAUAUCUAUGCUAAAAUGUACACUUCCCGGAGAAAAAUUAUAGCUAAAAAUAGUUUUAUGAGAACACUACUAAUAAAUGUAUUAAUAUGUAUGCUAACCUAGCAGUUUGAAAGCAUGCAAAUUCGAAUAGAUAAAUAGGUACCAUUUUGGUGGGAAGGUAACAGCAAUCUGUGCUCCUCAGUCAUGCUGGCCACAUGACCACGGAAAUGUCUUCAGACAAUACUGGCUCCCUCAGCCAGGAAAUGGAGAUAAGCACUACCCCCUAGAGUCAGACACAACUAGACAGGGGAAACGUUUACCUUUACCUUUAACCUGUUUUCACAAAAUAAUGUACCAGUCUAAUUGUUCUUCAGGAUGCUUUAAAACGAGUGGUACUUACGAAUGCAAUAUAAAAUUAAUUUGUUGUUAAUGAUUGACAUCUUUGGGAUGCUGUAUGUUGUGUGCCCAAGAAUAGUUCCUAAAGAAAAACAGCAGCUGGGCAAUUUCUAUCCACUGGGAGCAGUGAUGACCCAUUUGAUGACGUAGGGAGGAGAAGACAGAAAAGGUUUAGUUAGGUCCCCCUCAAAGAAAACAGAUAGGUAAAGAAUGUCAUGACUGUCAUUGCUAAUACUUGCCACCAGCUGGCAUUGUUGCACAAGGAAGAAUUAACAUGAUCCAGUUUUUGGUAUAUAGAGAGAUACAGUAAGAGAUUUAAGGGGCAAACGGGCAUGAUGUAGGAAAUCUUUAAUACGUACAGUAUUUAAUUUGGCACUUAAUUUCAGAUAACUAACAAAACUCAAACUGGAAUUGUAAUUUAUUGAUGUCUAUAGGUUUUAAACAUUGAAGAUAAUAUAAACUUUAGGUAAGGCUCUCCGGCCCAAAAAAAAAAAAAAAAAAUCAGUUUAAACUGUAGUCCUGUACUCACCAUUCACUGAUGAGUAACAGAAAGAAAUGAAUUUGAGUUCAGCAAACUUCCAUAAGGAUACACUGCUAAGCACUGCUUAUUGGAGGAUUGCACUGAUUGGUGUUUCAGUGCAGAAUUGAAACAGCUAUAAUAAGAGCUUCAGUUAUUAUGAAGACAGCCAUUGCCUGUAUUUCUCUAGAUCAAAGGUCUCCAACCUUUCUCAGUUGGCGGACCGGCGGGAAAGGGAGGGGAAAGCAUUUUAUGCACGCCCACGUGCACACACACAAAUAGGGCCAUGAGCACUCAUGAUGCAAACGGGGUGGUGCUAGCGCCUGUAUGACACUCACUAGCACUGCCCUCUUUUCGCCACAUGGCGCCCGUUUUCCCCACAUGGCCCCCCAUUUUUGCCACGCAGUGUCCCGUUUGCAUAGCAGCAGCGGUGCUAACAUGAGGAUGAGCAUGCGCACACACGUGUGCGCUGGCCAGCCUUUUCCAUGGCCAGCAGGCCACAGCCUGAUAGUGGGCCACGGCCCACAGGUUGGGGACCCCUGCUCUAGAUCAUCCUUGAUAACAUUAGCUUCUCUCUUCACCCACUGUUCUGUUUUCCUCUUUCCUUCUACCUUCUUUUUUUCUCCUCCUCUUCCUUCUCAGUGCCUUAUUUUGGACAUAAUUGUAACAGAGCCAACGUAAAGGAGAGGAAAAUGUUGUACAUUUUAAUGUGAUUUUUUUGGACUCUCUUUUUUUCCUCUGUACACACACUUGUGCUCAGAAUAACAAAAAGAGUAAAUGAUGAAACCAUAGGCCAUAUAAAAUCUUUCUUUUAUGGUUAUUCUUGGGACGCAGUCCAUUUAAUCAUGUAAGCAUUUAUCAGAGACCAGUAUGAGAUGAAACAAAAUGCUUAAAAAGGUGUGAGGAGGUUUUGUCCAUCCGCAACUGGUGAAUAUUUUAUUGCAGUUAAUUUCCUUAGCUUUAAUCUCCCUCAAGUGCAACCUAUAAAAAAAUUGGAAGAGGACAUUUCCUCGUGGAAUCUAGGCUUGCCAUAUCAAAGCAAAAUACUGUUUGAGAUAUCCACUGGCUUUUUUUAAUGCCAUGAUAAAUGAAUAUAGCAUGGGGGGGCAUCACUCAUAGACAAUAAUGCUUUCCAUGUAAUUCCAUCCAUUUUUUUGGAACUAUUCAUGACUUUGUCCAUUCUUAUUUAUUUAUAUUCAGCCUUUGCUAGAAUUUAAUUCUUGCUUAUCAUUGAUAAAUACGAUUGGUAGUUAUUCAGAUCUGCUUCAAAGCAUAUUUUGCCUUUCUAGAACCUAUUUCACAUAAAGACCUAAUCAUGCAAGUAGCCAGCACCCCUCCAGCUUCCUAUUUUCUAGUAAUGAAAUGCAAGUCAAGAUGCACAUUUACUCCCCUCAGAAUCCUACUGGACUGUUAUGACUAGGCUUUUGAAGGCAGUGUAAGAAAUGCUGCCAUUCUAGAGGCUUGCCUCAGUCCUGACACUUUUUCCAUGUCAGGGUUAACCUCUUUCUUUCAGCUUCCCACGUAGUGGGAUCUUCCAAUGUUAUCCCAGUCAGAUGGGUAGAAGUCCUGCAAUGGAGCCCACCUAGUUAAAGUAAUGCAAGUAGUAACUCAUAGAAAUGGAAGAGUCUGUUGUUUCUUUUGAUUGCAUCUUAGCUCUAGUAUGGCUCUUCUCAGCAGCCAGGUGCCAAAAUACUCCCUUAUUGCAAGCAGUAAGAAAUCUUUAAACCUAUAGUUAAGAGCUAUUCAUUUAAAAACAAUCUGAUGAGGACAUUCACAUUUUCCUGACUAUCCCUUUGCCUACUCCUCAGUAUUGAUAUAAAUAGCUAAUCCACCACUGUUUGUUAUCUAUCCUGAUCAGGGUGAGGCAGCAAAGACAAAAUAGCAUCUGAAAUAAAAUAACCAAUCACUUUUUCUUCUCCCAGGAGAUCCAAUGGAAUUGGAGAGAAGGUAUCUUUGUUUAAAGUAUGCAUGUAUAUAUGUAUGUGUGUGUGUACAUACAUAGAAGCAUGCAUGCAUACAUACAUACAUACAUAUAUAAUAUUUUUAUUGGCAAAUUCACAUUAAAGUUGUCUCCGGUAUGCAUAAUCUUUUAUAACAAGUAUUGCUCUUUAUAUUACACGUUUUAUUGUUUUAAAAUGCUAUAACAUUGCAUCUGUAAUAUCUCUUUUGUCUCAAAAUGCUUCAAGGUAUCAAGUGUGGGAGAAAGUUAGCCAAAAAAUCAAAGCAAAUUAAUAACCACCAAUGCCUCAGUUAUUAGCAUAAUCACAUACACUGGACCUUUUGACCAUACAAUCUAUACUCAUCUUGUUUCAGAACAUUCCUUCCCAUUUGCAUUAAUUACAGACCUCUCAAAAACAAAAUCGUGAUUAACAACUGUUAUCUGUUCCUCUGUCUGAUAGAGAUAGGUUAAGAGAUGGUGCUUCCUGCUUAGUUGGUAGCUCACCUUUCUAAGAGCUGAAAUUCUAACUAUGCCUCUUUAGACAUUUGGAGGAACCGGAAGAAAAAGGAGGGUGAACAUGGAGCCAGCUUUUAAAGCUUGGCUACUCUGAAGGUUAGGAAUGAUUUCUCAAAAGGAAAAUCCAUACACUUUUUGUACUUUCAUUAUUGUUAAAGCUUAAAGCCUGUAUAUAAAUAUUUUAUGCCAUCACUGUGAGCCUUAAGGAAUAUAAAGCACUAAUUUGUUUUGUUUAAAAGUUGCUACCACAGCUUUAAUCAUUGUAUAUUGUCUACAAUUUCAAAGUCAUAUACUUAGUGAGUUACUAUGUUAAUGUUUCGUUAUUUUAGUUUGGUGGAGAAUAAGUGAGGUUGCUUUUUUGUCUACCACCUGCUUUUCCAAUUUGUAUUUAUAUUUUGUUCUUGUUUUGGAGGAUUCCUCUACUUUUGUUUGCUUAUCUAGAGCCUAAUUCUUAAAAAAUGUACCUUUAUAAAUAAAUACCCAAGUAUACUA